CGCAGAAGCCCGGGGCCUAGGGAGUGGUAUUUUUGCAGUUAAUGGAGUCAGAAGGACCCCCAGAGUCAGAGAGUUCAGAAAAAUCAAUAUUUUUCUCACAGCAAGAAGAAGAGGAAGAAGAUGAUAAUGAAGAAGAAGAAGAAUCCAAAGAAGCAGAGGAAACUGCCACCAUUAAUCCCCUCUUACCACCUGCUCUCACAGGGGAUGUAGAAGGUUUGCAGAAGAUUUUUGAGGAUCCUGAGAACCCUCACCAUGAACAGGCCAUGCAGCUACUCUUGGAAGAAGACAUCGUUGGGAGAAAUUUGUUGUAUGCAGCUUGCAUGGCUGGGCAAAGUGAUGUCAUUAGAACUUUAGCCAAAUAUGGUGUGAAUCUGAAUGAAAAAACCACCAGAGGUUACACGCUCCUACACUGUGCUGCAGCCUGGGGUCGUUUGGAAACUUUGAAAGCACUGGUGGAACUGGAUGUUGAUAUAGAAUCUCUGAACUUCCAGGAAGAGCGAGCUCGAGAUGUUGCUGCUCGGUAUUCCCAGACUGAGUGUGUUGAGUUCCUGGACUGGGCAGAUGCAAGGCUGGCGCUGAAAAAAUAUAUUGCAAAGGUCUCUGCAAUUGUUACAGAUACAGCAAAGGGACCAGGGAAGCUUUUUAAGGAAGACAAGAAUACCAUCCUCAAUGCAUGCCGUAUAAAAAAUGAAUGGCUGGAAACCCAUUUAGAAGCUUCCAUUAAUGAGCUUUUUGAACAGAAACAGCAAUUGGAAGAUAUUGUGACUCCUAUCUUCACAAAAAUGGCUACACCACGUCAAGUGAAAAGUGCCAAAUCUGUAUUCUAAGCCAUGGUCAGAAAAGAAGUCUUAUAAAAGGCCGCAUCUUCUUCUAUAUCUAUAAAGGCAAACCUAUUCAUGCCGACUGAAGUUAAAUAGACGUGGGGUUUUAUAAAAAUGUUUAAGUAUGAAGUUAAAUCACCCUCGUUUUGUUUUAUCCCAUUCAGCAUGCUUAUGUCCAGACUCUCUGGUCUUGCCUCUGCCUCCGCAAGUCAGUUUCAUGUGAGUUCCACGUGCUCCUUCCAGAGAGCACUUGGCUGUGAGUCACUCACAAAGACCAUAUGGAAGCUUUAAAAGCUACUUAGAGAAUCUAACAAUUUUCUGUGUAACUGAGGCAGGAAAUUUCUGUUCAAGUGAGGAAUUCUAUUAAAAAAAAAAAAAAGACAUAUUGGCCAUUUCCAGAAGAAAAAUUUGUUCUCCCUCUCUCAAAAGGAAAGCUAUGGGAUGACAUUUUGGAGCAAGGAAAUAUUAAGGAUGGUUUGGAUCAGUGUCCUCUGCUUAUACAACUAUUACUUUUUUAUGUCCAAAUUAAAAUUCACCUUUAGGGCUUCCCUGGUGGCGCAGUGGUUGAGAGUCUGCCUGCCAAUGCAGGGGACACGGGUUCGAGCCCUGGUCUGGGAAGAUCCCACGUGCCGCGGAGCAACUAGGCCCGUGAGCCACAACUACUGAGCCUGCGCGUCUGGAGCCUGUGCUCCGCAACAGAGAGAGGCCGCGACAGUGAAGAGGCCCGCGCACCGCGAUGAAGAGUGGCCCCCGCUCGCCGCAACUGGAGAAAGCCCUCGCACAGAAACGAAGACCCAACACACCCAAAAAAAUAAAUAAAUAAAUUUAUAAAAUUCACCUUUAAGGUGGGAUAUAGUCUCUUAGUAAAUCUUCCUGUUUCUUUAUCUUUAACACCCUUGUCUUUAAAUUAAUAAAUACAAAUCUGUUUAGUUUUAUAUUUAGAUUUCCCCUACUUAGUAGGUUUAGCAAUAUAGUUAUUAUAUCUGUACUA